ACACAUUUCAUCAUAUAAUUAUUUAUUUCUUUCUUAGUAGAAUUAGCCAUCCCUUUCCAUGGCCAGAAGGCUGCUGCCGGCGACCACCCUCCGCCUCUUCAACAGGCGUUUUAACUCCACCGUCUCCACAGCUACCGUUUUACAGACCCUAAAACCCGAACCGGCAGCUUUGACGAUCGUCGACCUCGAUGAUCACCGGAAGCUUUUCUCUUCGGUUUCGACGUCGAAGCUGCUACGUUCGUCGAUCAACCUUGGGUUGACCUCUAACGAGACGUUCGUUGAUUUCGGAAUGUGGGUUAUGAAUUCUAGGCUUAUGGAAACCAGUUUGGUACGUGAUGUUAUAUUGAAGACAGUGAAACACACGAUGUUCGAACAUUUUUGCGCCGGCGAAACGACGGAGGAGGCGGGGGAAUGCGUGAGGAAAAUCCAUGACGCUGGCCUAAGGGGGAUGCUUGUAUACGCCGUCGAACACACCAGCGAUAACACCGGUUGUGAUCGGAAUUUGGAAGGGUUUCUUCGUUGUGUUGAAUUCUCCAAGUCCCUCCCACCUUCUUCUGUAAGUUUCGUCAUUGCAAAGAUUACAGCAAUAUGUCCCAUCAGCCUUCUUAGAAGAGUUAGCGACUUACUGAGAUGGCAAUACAAAGACCCUUCUUUCAACCUUCCAUGGAAGCUCCACACUCUCCCAAUUUUCUCCACUUCAAGUCCUCUUUACCACACUCUUCAAAAGCCUCCACCACUAACUCCAGAAGAAGAGCUUGACCUCGAACUGGCUCACGAAAGACUCCAAAAACUCUGCCAAAAAUGCGUACAAGAAAACAUGCCUCUAUUAAUCGAUGCCGAGGACACGUCCUUGCAACCCGCCAUCGAUUACUUCACUUACUCUUCGGCCAUCAAGCACAACCGAGACGGUAACCCUAUCGUUUACGGCACGGUCCAAGCUUACUUGAAAGAUGCGAAAGAGAGGUUGUUUAUGGCAUCCAAAGCUGCUGAAAAACUAGGAGUUCCAAUGGGGUUCAAGCUAGUAAGAGGCGCUUACAUGUCGAGCGAAACCGAAUCGGCUUCUUCGUUAGGCUAUGAUUCCCCUAUUCAUAAUAGCAUCGACGAGACUCAUGCGUGUUACAACGAUUGUGCUGGUUUCAUGCUCGAAAGGAUUGCUAAUGGCAAUGAUGCAGUCGUCUUUGCAACUCAUAAUAUCGAUUCAGGGAAGCUGGCAGCAUGUAGAGCAAGAAAUUUGGGGAUUCAGAAAGGGAAUCGGAGGCUUGAAUUUGCACAGUUAUAUGGAAUGUCGGAUGCACUUUCGUUUGGGUUGAGAAUUGCAGGCUUUCAAGUAAGCAAGUAUUUGCCAUAUGGACCUGUGGAUAUGGUAAUGCCUUAUCUUUUAAGGAGGGCUGAAGAGAAUAGAGGAUUGCUAUCUACUUCAAAUAUUGAUAGAGUACUCAUAUGGAAAGAGUUGAAGAGAAGAAUAAAGAGCCUGGAAUUUGGUAGGUAGAGAUGAGGGGGAAGGGUUGCUUGAAGGUAGGAAUGGGCAUACGCUAAAAUGAAAAGCUUUUAGCGAAGUGACAGGACAGUAGCUUUAGUUGCGGGAUGGCAAUUUCAGCCUUUAAUUUUAUUUUAUUUUGUUUUAUUUAUAAAUAUUACAUAUUUAAAGCCUUUACCGAUGAAGCUAAUUAAGGCUUUGUUUGUUUCAUUUAAAAUAAUUUUAGAAAAUAAUUUCUGAAAAAUAA